AUGAUAUCGGACCAACGCAAGUCCAGUCCUAAUGCAUCUACUAGCACAUCCGCUACCACAUCUGUAAAAAGUUCCAUCCGUCAGUUCCUGCAUAAGUGUCGCACUGGGCUCCAUCGCAUAUCCAAGGAGGCCCUAGAAAGUGACUCUGAAGAAGACGAGGGUCAUUUGGAAGGCCUUUUUGACAGCGAUGCGAAAGACAGCGGUGUUCGAGGUUUUAGUCGCAUAAGCGAGGAGCGGAAUAGUAGUACCUCUGUACCACUGACGCGGGAAAUGCGGCUAACUGAUGACGAAGAAGAGGACGAAGAUUGUAACUCUAGUGCCGACAGCAGCAGUGGGCCCAGCUCCCGUGAAGUGGCGAGCUUUUCAAAAUACGAUGCCGUGCAUGAAUGUGCCAAGCUGCGAUCCAGGGUGGGAGAACCGUUUGUGCAGGCGGAUCAAAUAUGGCGUCGCCGGCGCGACCUCUGGUGCAAACCUGUGCAGGGCGACCACGAUCGUGUUGCCAGGGACGCUAGAGAGUGCUUUAGCGAACUUUCUCCCCGACACUAUGUACGUGUUUACAGGAAGCUUGUGGUGGAAGGACUUCCUUUAAAACGGGCUUUGAACCUGCAAGACGCCAUAAAGGUUAUCAAUGCCGGGUGGGUAGAAACGAAUAAAUGGGAAAGAGCUGCUAGCGGGCUGGCCUGA